AUGGCAUCCAAGACCGAACCCGAUCAACAAGAAACGUUUAAAACGCAGCUGGACAAGGCGGCCGUGGACCAGCGAGAACGCGAGUCGGAAAGCAAGCCGAAUCCAAUCGUGGAAAAGAUCACCGAGUACAUCCCAGCCGCGGCCAAAGUACUCGCACCCGAAAAAGAAAAGUCCCCAGAGAGCCAUAUUCCCGGCCCGCCAGAGCGACCGCAUCACGACGACAAGAUUGAAGCGUUUGUGCGGGACCAGCAUGCGAGUAAAGCGCCUGGAGGGGAUUUGGACCAGGUUGCGCAGUAA